AUGGGAGAUACCGCAGAGGACCAAGCUAUGGUGGAAGCUCCCGAAGCAACGAGCUUCUCGGAGCUUCUUAUGCUGUCUGACGGAUUUGAUGAUCACCACCGCGAAAUUAAUGGCGGUGAUGGUGGAGAAGAUAGCUUCAGUUUUGUAUUCUCCGGUACAAAUGGGUCCAAAAUGCUCUGUUUCAGCGGAGACUGUCAAAACGGCGGCGGAUCACCCUUCCUAGAACCUUCUCUUCCUUCCGGAGUAUCCGUUUCUCUUCAUGCACUAUUAACACUUGCAAGACCUCAAACGACACUUGUACCCUCAUUAUUUUUGUGUGCAAAUUACUUUGUUGUGAAGAAGAAGAGAACCGGGUCGAGUAAUGGGCAAGAUAUGGAUCAUAACCGGAAACCGAGUAAGAAAUGCAAGCGAAAUCAGGAAAAAUCAUCAGUUCGAAUUGCUAAGGUAAGGAAAGAAAGGUUAGGGGAAAGAAUUGCAGCGUUACAGCACUUGGUUUCUCCAUACGGAAAGACAGAUGCAGCUUCUGUACUGCAUGAGGCGAUGGGUUACAUCAAAUUCUUACAAGACCAGAUCCAAGUCCUCUGCUCUCCUUACCUCAUCAACUAUUCUCUUGACGGUGGAGUUGUUACCGGAGAUAUUACACUGGGGAAGAAAGUGAGAGACUUGAGAAGCAGAGGAUUAUGCCUUGUACCUGUCUCGUCCACUGAACACGUUGAAAACUCAAAUGGUGCUGAUUUAUGGUCACCUGCUACUGCUAGUAUGGGUCACACUAUGUCACCCUCUCAAUGA